GGUUCUCGAAAUCAAUUCGGUUCUGAAAUUAAACGUGAACAGAAUGAAAUUCUUGGCAGUACUUGCAAUCGCCUUGGCCACGCUGGGCGCCGUUUCGGCUCAGUGUCCUCGGAUCAUCAACCGUGCCGGAUGGGGAGCUCGAGCCGCCAACACGGCCGUCCUUCCGAAUCGUCCCGCUCCUUGGGUCGUGAUUCAUCAUACGGCCGGAUCCAGCUGUACGACGGAUGCCGCUUGUGCCCAGCAGAUGCGUAACAUCCAGAACCAUCACAUGAACAACAACGGAUGGGCCGACAUCGGGUACAAUUGGUGCGUCGGAGAGAAUGGAGCCGCCUACGAAGGACGCGGUUGGGGUCGUCAGGGUGCCCACGCUCCAGGAUACAACCAUCAGUCGAUGGGAAUUUGCGUGAUCGGAACGUUCACCAACAACAUCCCGAACCAGGCCGCCCGUACUGCCACUCAAAGGCUGAUUUCGUGCGGAGUCAGCAACAAUCACAUCUCCGGUAGUUACUGGUUGAUCGGACAUCGUCAGGCCGUGGCCACCGCCUGCCCCGGAAAUGCAUUCUUCAAUGAGAUCCGCACCUGGCCGCGCUUCAAUCCGAAUCCUUAGUGGAUGACAGUGGAUAAUUUUCCCCUUGUUGGCAAUAUCUAAUAAAGAAUUGGUGGAGGGAAAAUAUUACCCGUGUAUUUUCAA